AUGGCUCCCAGCACAUCAUCCAGCCUCCUUGAAGGGCCCGAUGCCCUCAUCCUCAAGAUCCCCGUGUUCUCUAUCCUCACCGGCGUCAUCAUCCUCUACCUUGUCGUCAAAAUACUGCGAAGCGGCCGGCGCGACCCGCGCAUGCCCCCCGGUCCCCCCACCCUCCCUAUCUUGGGCAACGUUCAUCAGAUUCCAUCUACCGGUCUUGGUAAAAAAUUCAGAGAAUUCGCCGACACCUAUGGCCCUGUCUUCUCCCUCAAAGUCGGCAGCCAGAACGUUGUCGUCCUGUCCGACCGCAAAUCUAUCAACGCCAUGAUCGACAAGAAAGGAAGCAUCUUCUCCGACAGACCGAUCGACUACGUUACGAACUUUGUCACCCAUGGCGACCAUCUGACUCUUGAGAAAGCUACUGCCUCCUGGAGAGAGAAGCGAGCUAUCGUCACCCGAAACCUUAGCCCCUCAGUUCUUGACCAGAAGCACUGGAAAGUCCAAGAAGCCGAAGCUGUGAUCUUCAUGAAUAACCUUUUGAAGCACAGCGACCGCAUCCUCGAUUAUGCAAAGAUGUACACAACCUCCGUCGCGUGUACCCUUAUCUGGGGCCAGCGAGUGACCGACUUUAAAUCGUUUUGGUACAAGGACUUUUUUGAACUGAUGCAUAUCUUGCCAUUCCUCAAGUACUUCCCCGGAAAAUGGAAAACGAGAGCCUACAAAUGUCGUCAAAUGAUGGAUGAUAUGUGGGACAAGGCUCGUGCUAUGAUUGACGAGAGACGCGCAAAGGGCAUCAAGAGAGACUGCUUUAUCGAUCAGAAGUUGGACGAGUACAACGCCAAGGGCUGGCCCAUGUCGCAGCACGCGUUCAACAACCUUUUUGGCGAACUUCUCGAGGCGGGCGCUGAUACGACAGCAAACAUGAUCCUCACUCUUAUCUUGGCAGUGGCCAAGUAUCCCGAAUUCCAGAAGCGCGCGCAGAAGGAGAUCGAUGCAGUCUGCGGUGCGGAACGCAGUCCCCAGUUUGGUCUUGAUUUUGACAAAAUGCCGUUUGUUAACUGUAUCGUGAAGGAAGCAAUGAGAUGGCGUCCCACAGCUCCUCUCGGUUUGCCUCAUCAGAGCACGGAAGACUACUGGUAUGACGGAAUGUUGAUCCCGAAGGGUUCUACAAUUUUCAUUGGUAUCUGGUCUAUCCAUCACGAUGAAUCCAUUUAUCCAGACCAUGAAACCUUCAACCCUGACCGUUACAUGAACCAUCCGAAGUUGGCUCCCGACUACGCUGCUUCGGCAGACUUUGAGAACCGAGAUAAAAUUUGUCCUGGACUCCAUCUAGCUGAGCGCAACAUGUGGCGUAUCUUGGCUAAGCUCCUAUGGGCUUUUGAUAUUUCUGAGCCAGUUGACCCGGUUACCGGAAAGGUUAUACCACUCGAUGUCAAUGCUUACAAUUCGGCAAUUCUGAUGCGCCCGCUCGACUUCAAUGUUACUGUGAAGCCGCGAAGCCCUGAGCAUCUUGCGGCGAUCCGCGGCGAGUUGGAUAGCGCUAUGAGCUUCAUGUCGCAGUGGGAGUAA